AUAUUUCCUUCAGUUAACAAACAGACGAUUUGAGAGACUGAGAGGAAAGAAAAGGGUGGUCCGGUUGAGGAUGGAGUGUGCAUUUGACGCACAGAAUCUGAUUUCCAUUUCUUUGAGGAAAAUCCAAAGCUCCAGGACGCAGAGAGGAGGCAUCAAGCUCCACAAGAACUUACUGGUAACGUACGUACUGAGAAACGCCAGGCAGUUUUAUAUGAGCAAAAACUUGUCGCAAACGCAGAGGACGCAUCACUAUGAGGAUGUAGCCGCCGUCCGCGAAAGGCACGACUAUCUUGAAUUGACUGGGAGCUUAACAGAGUUGGCCGAUGACUUCUACUGCAACUUUACUGGGGUUGAGUCGGACACUUGGCACUGCGGAGCGCACCAGCCCAUCGGCCAGCCUGCAGAGGUGGCGCACCAAGACGCAUCUGCCUGCGCAAUGGUCUCACCAAGUGACUCUGACCUCAUGGUUUCGGAAGCCUGUUGGAGUUGUGCAGAUAAAUCCUCCUGGGAGUUACCUAUCCCAAAUGCACAAGCCAACCAAAAGACUGUCCUGGACUUGGACACGCAUGUGGUGACUACUGUCACGAACGGAUACUUCCACUCAGACUGUUGCGCGCAGUCAAAACAGCCGCAGGGCGCGCAGUGCUACGGUAAAAAGCGAAAGAUGGACACAAGUUAUCAUAUUGUUGAUCCAGAGUUUUAUUUGCCAGACUUUGGGCCGGUGCCAUGUAAAAGGAUGAGGACUGACGAUGAUUCACAUUCAGACUCGGACCAGUUGGACAGCACGAACAUCUCCAACCUGAUCUCAGUGUUGGGUUCAGGUGGACUAUCUGAGUUUGUGAGUUGGCAGCAGACGGACCUUGAGCAAAUAUUCGCCGCUCAGACAAUUUGUUUAAAACAUACACUGUUAACAGGCAGCGGCUGGACCAGAGCGAUCGAAGCAUUUUGAUUUGUAUGACUGUUUUUUUCUUUGUAUCGUUUUAUUUUAUUGCUUUCAAAUAAACCAUGACAGACUGCAGCUCUCUCUCUCUCCUCUGUUAUUGCAUCAAAUGUGGUUAUUUAGUCCAGUUCUGACUUUUACGCAUCAACAUUCACUGUGCCGGUUCAUACCAUUCAUCCACACAUUAAAAAAUGAACUGUACCUUUGGUUUAAAGCCUUUAUUUUUCUGGUGGUUGGUUCGGGGUACUGGAGUCUUGUCUCUGUUUUUUUUUUUUGUAUUUCCUGAAGAAAUGAGCUUGUUUCUCUGGAAACAUGUUGGACGAGCUCCAUCAUGUGGCGAGUAAAGAUCUGUGCAGGCUCAAUGCAUCAGCUCCGAGGCAGAAUCUCAGUCUGUAUAUGUGUUAUUUAUACCAGGGUCUACUUUAUUCAUCAAUAAAACCAACAUCAUUUUAAAAAACACACUGAUGUAUUGGCUUUAAAUUACAACUUGUAAAAUAUUUUGAGUAUCAGUAUAUGGAUGGAUGGAGAGGUUUACACUGACCUUGUAUUUUUCUAACAGUCUUAUGGGAGAUCAUAUUCAUAAUUUAUGACUCUUCCAUGAUUAAAACUCAAAGAUAACAGCUCAUUAUUAAUUCUUAAAGAUCACUUGACUUCAUUAUUUCAUUCUAACACACUGGUAAUUUUUUUUUUUUGCAUGCACCAAACUCUAUUUUUAAAUAAAUAAAUAAAU